AUGGUAUACGAAAAGUGUUGUGUUGGUGGUUGCAAUACAACACGUGAAACGCACCGGCUUUUCAGAUUCCCUAGGAACGAUAAUUUAAGGAACUUGUGGAUGGCUUUCAUAGUGCCGACAAAUCCCCAGCUCAUUGUACUUUCCAAAGAACAGUUACUUAACAAACGUGUCUGUGAAAAACAUUUUGAUGUAUUUCAGUUCGGCAAUGAAGGCAGAAGACUUCGAUACUCUUACCCGUCCUUGCUUACUGACAAUGAAAUAGCUCAUGGUGUGCCUCUGACUGCAACUGGAUGGGAUGUCACAACUGAACAUAAUUACUGUAAAGAGCAAAAUGAAGAUGAUUUCACAGAAGCUGUGUUAGUGGUUAGAAAGCCUGGAAGUGAUGUUACGAUUGAACACAAUUACUACAAAGAGCAAAAUGAUUGUUCCAAAUCAUCGGUAGAGAUUGGAUCGUCAGAUGUUGGAAAUUCUCAUGAACAGCCUUCAUGUUCAAAUUUUUCAACUGUUGCAACAGUUGUUGAAAAUAAAGGAAUUGAUUCUAAUACUAAUGUGGUGAAACAAAUGAUGCCAAAAGGUAGCACAUGUACAAAAAAGCAAACAGUGGAGAAGGGCCUAACCACUAUAAUUCUAGCUCUUAGUGUAAGUAGUUUAAUUAGAAAACGUCUUAUGUACAUUGGAGAAUGGCCUAACCACUAUAAUUCUAGCUCUUAG